GUUUUGCUGGCAGGAGAAGCUGACAUUUUUAACUAAUCAAAACGGCACUUUUGCAACGCUGUCGAUAGUUUAUUUUGUAAAAUAUACUUUAAAAAUGAUAUUCUGAUACUCAUUGUGCAAAUAUAGCGUUAAUAUAGUGAUUUCCAAGCAAGUCUCAAAUGCUCUUUCUAUGUUAAAUAGUUUGUUUUGUAUACCGAAUAACAAAAUUUAUUCACGAUGUCUCGUCAUCGAAAUAUCCGGACGAUGAACUAUGAUGAAUAUGACGAUGACGAAGAUUACCAAUACAGCCACUCCGUUGAAGAUGAUUGCAUUUCGCCGACGGAUGCUCAACAGUGGAUCUAUGAUCGGGCCAAAGGCCAGCAGAGUAUGUCUGCCUUUUUAGCAAAUCAUAGAGACAUUGAGGAAGAGGACGAUGACGAUUUGCAGGCUGAACGAGAGCCUUCACAGCACGAUAAAGGAACAUUACAUCGAAGGGACUCAGAGUGCUACCAAAUGCCAGAGCUGGAAGAGGAAGAUCGCGCCAGGUUAAUAUCCUGUAUGGAGGAAAUAAGAAAUAUAGUCGGUGAAACUGUCACUGAUCGACAGAUAGUGGAGGCUGUAAUGAAACAUAAUUACGAUUUUAACAAAGCAUUGGACGAUAUUCUAAACAGUAGCGUAACACCGCCUACCUUAACUCCUGUAACGAUAGUAGUGAAAAGUGACGAGGAUCCAAUCGAAAAAGGUGUAGGUCAUCGAUUAUUCGAGAAAUCCGACAGGUUACUUGCACAAAAUACUUCAAUAACAACAAAAACUUCUCCAGUGGAUCCAAACAAGCCGGCCAUUCUGGUAACGCCGACUGCAAAAGCUGCGAGUGUAACCAUGGGGUUCGAAAUCAACAGCCCGCGCAUACAGUCCCCGUCGGUGUCUGGUCGCAACACACCCGAAAUUAGUGAGGAUGGUAAGCAGUUACAAUCGCAGCGCCCACUGGUCCGAGAAGCUCAACGAAAUGCUCAGGAACUAUUCAAUAAAGAACGAGGAGCAGAUAAACAGCACAUUCACAUGGUAGUCAUAGGGCACGUGGAUGCCGGAAAGAGUACUCUGAUGGGUCAUUUGCUGUGCGAUACCGGUUAUAUACCACAACGGGUUAUGCAUAAGAAUGAGCAGGAGAGCAAAAAGAUGGGCAAACAAAGUUUCAUGUAUGCUUGGGUUUUGGACGAAACCGGUGAGGAGCGGGAGCGAGGAAUCACGAUGGACGUUGGUAGUACACGGUUCGAAACGGCUAGUAAACAGAUCACUCUUCUGGACGCCCCAGGCCACAAAGACUUUAUACCGAACAUGAUAUCAGGAGCAAAUCAGGCCGAUGUCGCUCUACUAGUGGUCGACGCCACGAGGGGUGAAUUCGAGACUGGCUUCGAGCAGGGUGGUCAAACCCGAGAACAUGCUUUGCUGGUACGCUCAUUAGGCGUAAACCAGCUGGGAGUGGUCGUGAACAAAUUGGACACCAUUAAUUGGUCUCAAGAUCGUUUUAAUGAGAUCGUUGGCAAAUUGAAGAUUUUCCUCAAACAAGCUGGUUUCAAAGAUUCCGAUGUUGUGUACGUUCCUUGCUCUGGUUUGACUGGCCAAAAUCUAGUGAAAGAUCCGACCGAUCCAGAAUUAUUGAAGUGGUACAAAGGUCCAACGUUGCUGAGAGUCAUCGAUUCCUUCAAAACACCGGAACGUUUAAUCGACAAACCGUUUCGAAUGUCAGUGGCAGAUAUCUUCAAAGGUACUGGUUCAGGAUUUUGUAUUUCGGGUAGAAUUAUUUCCGGCAUGGUCUGUGUGAAUGACAAAGUUUUAAUAUGCCCCAGCAAAGAACAAGCGAUUAUCAAAAGCAUCUCUAUGGACGAAGUACAGUACACAACCUGUUUCGCUGGCGAUCAGGUUUCUCUUACGCUGGCUAACGUCGAAAUGGCCAACAUCGCUAUUGGAUUUCUACUCGGUGAUAUCUAUAACCCUAUUCCAUUGGCGACUCGAAUUCGCGCCCGGAUAGUAGUAUUUAACAUUAAAGUUCCAAUCACGAUGGGUUAUCCAGUACUGCUACAUCACCAGUCGCUUAUAGAACCGGCAACGAUUUGCAAGCUAAGGGCACAGUUACAUAAAGGAACAGGUGAAGUAGUAAAGAAAAAUCCUCGAUGCUUGGGAAAUAAUUCCUGUGCCCUAGUUGAUAUUGAGUUUCAGCGGCCCAUCGGUAUGGAAAAGUAUGCGGAUUUUAAAGAGUUAGGACGAAUCAUGCUUAGAGUUAGUGGUGUGACGAUUGCGGCUGGGCUCGUCACCGAUAUAGUUAAAUAAUGUUUCACGAGAAAUCUAAUUCAAACCCCUGCUUUGCAAUAAAAAUGACAAUUCAAUAAGGUUAAA